AUGGCGCACGUAAUGUCCGACGAUUGCCGCCAGCUGUUCAAUGGCAGUCUGCAGCCCUUAACUCGCGUGUUUGGCAGCAGCUGCGACCCCGACGCCGAACGCCCCUGGUUUGUUUGCCGCGUCGAUGCUUUCAUCGUGAAGAUCUUGUUUUUGGUGAACGGGGGACAAGUGGUCACGCGCAUGUUCACCUUCAGGCAUGGCAUUGGCCGCGCGCUGACAGUGCGCUUGCGGGGCUCGCCUGCGAACUGCUUCAAAACGGGGAACGUGACAGCGCGGGAGAGAAUUCUGAAGCGCUUGCUCGCGGGCGGCGCCACUUCGCAGCUCGUCGCAGACCGCCGCCUGCGCAUGUUGCAGCGCAUGCAUUUUAAUGGCGGCCGCAACAUGGUCGGAGCGGUGGCCGUAGUCCUUGGCCUAGAAGUGGAGACCGCGUUGCGCUUCCACAGGAGGAAAGGCGCGGGCCUCGAGCUCCUCCACCAGGGGCGGAACAAGGCGAUUCUCGGCUCCGCGGGCACGGACGGGCUGGCGGAGGCAAGUGAGGAGGGCGACAAGGAGGACGACGAAUACGAGGUCAAGGAAGACGAGUGGGAGGAGGCAAGUGCCAGCCGCAGGGCACCCAAGGACUUCACGAUGGCCGCGCAUGUCUGCAAGAAGAUCCCAAGGCUCUUCGAGGGCGGCGACGACCGAAGGGAGAGCGAGCCCGACCAGGGCCCCGCGGCCGAGCUCGGCCCCACGGCGCUGGCCGACCACGCCGGCUCCAAGGCUGGCGCUCUCCUGCGUGCCGACCGCUCCAGGCAGCCGCUCAUGGGCUGCCGGUACGCCAUUGCCCUUUCCCACCAGCCCAUCGAUCCCGACACUGCGGCCAACCUCAUUCAUGCAGGGACCGUAACCGAGCGGACCGGGGACUUCCCAGACGACUACCCUCCCGAAGGACAGAGACCAAAGUUCCAGUGCAGGAGGUGCCCGUUCAUUCGAUGGGCAAGGGAACUGAACUUUUGGGGCUGGUACUGCGAGCCCUGCGGGAAGUUCGUGCACGAGAAGGGCCACUUCACCCACAGAGAGCACAGGAACAGCUCCGUCUCCGAUUCCCUCAAGCUGCCCGACGUGUCGGAGCUCGGGCAGGGUCAAGGGAGGAGUAAGUCGCCGCACGCUUCGGAGCUCUACGGGGAGAUCAUGCAGACAACUGCGGAGCUCGAUGAGGAGGACAUCCAGACCAAGGAGAUGCCCGGCGGUGCCGGCGGGCCGCCGGACCCGGCAGCGGGCGGAGAAGAGCCGCCCUCGCCGCGGGAGGGCCAGGAGCCGGAGAAGUUGCCGCCCCUGUCGCCCCUGGCCGCGGCUCCAGAGGCCGAGGACCCCAGUGCCGUCGGCGCGGUCACCGCGGUGGCAGAGAGCCCGGGCGAGGAGCCAGCUGGCCGAUGGGCGGCGGUCGCCAAGCUCGGGCAGAGCGCGAUGUGCGCCGACAGCCUUCCGAGCCUGACUGACUGUCCGGCCUGCCCAAGUCUGAACGUUUUCAGCAGGCUGAGCCGGUUGCCAGGGAUUUACUGCGACAAGCUCGGGAAGUACCCGUGGGUCUUCGCUGGUCUGAAUUCGCUCGUGCUGAUCAUCCUCGUGUCUGUGCUGUGGCGCAAGCUCGAAGUGAAUACUGACGUGGGCAGCUUCUACAAAGUCGACUCGCACGCUAGCAUGUACCAGGAUGUGUACGCAGAGGCACUCCGUCGUAGGAAACGGGACUGGAGUGGAAACGGUAGCGUCGAGGGAGACACUUUCCAGCUGACCUUGCUCUACCAGGUCAAGGAUGACAGCCUGGCAGAGGGCCGCAUCCUUUCUGAGGCCGCGCUGAGGGACAUCCAAUCGUUGGAGCAAGAGCUUCUGGCACUCGAUGGCUGGUCCCGCAUCUGCGGCAAGAGCCAGCAGCAGGUACAAUACCGGUGCCAGCCAGGCGAGACACUAGGGAACUAUGUGUGGCCGACGCGCCAGGACAUGUAUAUCAAUGCUUCUGGCGAGUUCGGCCUGUCCUUCUGGGGCACUGCCAGCGAAAGCCUGUCCAUACCAGCCGUGUUGGCCUACCUAGACGAAGCUGGCGCGCCCCUCGAUAAGUUGAAGUUCUUGCCGUUGGACGGCCAGGGCGAAAAUGCGAAGGAAUUGCGCUCCGUCUUCACGUUCACCGCGCCUGUCCUAGACGAUGCCGGCUUUCGGGAGCAGUACGGGGCCUUCGUGCGCGAGACGCUGUAUCCAAAGUUGCUGGAGGUUGUGGAGCGUUCCAGGGAGACGCCAGACGCGGACUCCUGGGACGAGGGCAUGAGCGUCACCGUCUUUUUCUCCGGAGACCUCGUCGACGAGCACGAAGUACGGAUGAUCUUGGAGAGCGACAUGAAGAAGGCUAUCGGCGGCCUGCCCGCGGAUUUGCUUUCGUGUUAG